AUGUUAACAACUUCAAUUGCGUUUCGACCAAUGCUUGCUCUAGGUGUGCCCCUUCCUGUUCCUUUUGCAUUAUAUGCUUCUCACACCUUAGAGUUGCGUUCCUGCCUACUACUCAGCUUAUUCUUCCACGUUUCUUUCACUGUCCUCACCGCCUCCUUUGCCCAAUCACGGAUACUUCCUUCCACCGCCUUUUAUUUCUUUCAUCUGCCUCCGUCUUUUGAGUCAACAUCUACCGAUCAAGUACCUCCCUCUUCUUUCCAAAUACAUCUCUUCUUUCCGACAGAAGACGUUGGCGAGUCCUUCUCCGUUCACGGAGGAACCACUACGACCCUAAACUCAAGACUUCAGUUCGCCUUCCCCACUGCUCUUAGAAGAAAUAAACCACCGACAUUGGCGAGUGCACGUGCGUUCACGAAAGAACACCAUCACAAACCUAAACUCAAGACUUCAAGGAGAUCGAUUAUACAAAGGAGGCGGCAAAUGCCGAGUUGUUGGGUAUCACUCAAGUUCGGGAACAGCUUGAUCAUGUUUUCUUCAAGGUUCAACCUUCAUAUUUUAUUUGUUCGAUUGAUGAUUCUCUGUUUUUUUUUUUUUUUUGCUAAUUUCUUGUUGAUUGAGAGUUUUAUGUUUGCUCUAAUUAAUCUGUACAUGGCUCCUACAGACAUCAGGACCGAAGAGUGGUUUGAAGCGAACUCAAAAGGUCAAUUUUUUUUUUUUGUAAAAGUUGGUUACCAAGGCCUGGAGUCAGAAUCAAAGCUUUUGUGUGUUUUGUUCAUGGAUAUGGCGACACUUUCACCUUUUUCUUUGAAGGUUUCCAAAGAACAAGCAUAG